GUCCAGAGCACCCCACCACCCAUUACAUCAGAUGUCAAGAAUCCCACACCCACCCUAACAUCACCGUGCACUCCCUUUGAGGGCAGAGCUGGACAGCAGAAAGUGCAGGGUCUGGAGGAGGACCAGAGGAGGAGUGGAGUCAGUUACCAGAGUCUGCUGAAUGCUGAGACCAGGGAAGGCAGAGAUGAGGGGGUGCUGCAGCUGCACUGAGAGGUGCAGGAUUUGGCAGAAGAGUUCUAUUCUCCUCUCUACAGCCGACUGCUGAGACAAGGUGAGGGGUGGAGACAAGGGAGCACAUGUAGGAGAGGUGCAAGGGCCACAUGAAAUGGCCUGGAGGGUCGGAUUUGACCUGCGGGCCUUGUGUUUGAUAUCU